CCAUCGUUUACUGGCAAGGGAAGACUCGGCAUUUUCUUUCUUCUUUAUUAUUGUUUGCAACCAUUUCCAUUCUCAUUUCUCUGGGAAAUUUCCCAGUUUCACUUCUCUGGGCCAAUCCCUGUCGGUUUCCCAUAUUCCUUGUUGGUUGCUUUCUCUUGUAGACCUCAAAGAAAGAGAACAGAAAAACAGAGGGUCUUUUGUAGGUGAUGAAGGGAAAGAAAAUAGCUUUAUUUGAUUGUUUGAAUAGGUUUUCAGCAGAUUGUAGUUCUGGUGGCUAAUGGGUGUUAGAGUUUGAUUCUUUUGGUUGUCGGGAGAUAUGCUUCAUGGGUUUUUGAUGUAGGCUGUUUUUUCUUCAUGGGAAUUUGAGGUUUUUGGGUUUGCUUCAUGGGUUUUUGAGAUAAUUGGUUAUAUUCUUGGGUUUAUGGGAUUGGGAUUGGUGGCUUGAUUCUUGAAAUUGAGACUUAAAGAAGCGAUGACUGGCCUUUUAAGGAAAAUCCUUCCUGUUGGGAAAUCAACUGCUCAAGAUGACGAUGAUGAUAACGAUAAUGUUGAAUACUCAUUUGCUAUUGAGUACCAUGGUCCUCCGGUCACUUAUGAUAUCCCAAAAGCAAUUCCGGUGGACGUUGACCAACUCCCCACUGCUGCCGCAGUUUCCUCUUCCUAUGUUUUGAAUGAGAAUUCAUUGCCAGUUAUCCAACCAAUUGUAAAGACUAAUCCAGUGAAGCAAAAAUGGUCCGAAGAUAAGAAAUUUGGUUCUAGACCUGGCUCAGCUCGAAAAUCCAUUGAUCGUCCUGGUGUGUCCAAUGAAUCAUCAGUUCAAGUUGAAAGCUUGGAUACAUUAGGUCAGGGAAUUGAUGGUGGGUGCAGAACGAAAUUAUGUGAUGGAAUGGGAAGUUCUGGUAACCUGGAAAUAUCUGUUGUUCAUGAUAGUUUGCGAAAAUCAUCAGGAGGUUUGGCUGAGUUAGAGCUUACUGAUCAUGGUGAGGAAGGCUUAGGGUUGCAGAAGUAUAUGGAUCCUGCUGAUUCUGAUACAACAGAGUCAGUUUCAAGCUCACCUGCGCUUUCAUCAUCUGAUGUCUUUUCGCAAAAAGGGGAGGAUGCUAACAAUGAGACUCCUUGCCAUGUCAGAAGACCAUCUGUUGUAACUUUCCUUGAUCCUGAAUCAGGUGACAUGGUUCAGGAAGAUUCCAGCUACUAUGAGACAGAAAGCAGCGAUGCUGCACAACCCAUUGCAAGGAACGGGAAAAAGGGGUCAUGCUAUAAGUGCUUAAAGGGAAACCGGUUUACAGCAAAGGAGAUUUGCAUUGUUUGUAAUGCUAAGUAUUGUUAUAAGUGUGUACUGAAAGCAAUGGGGUCGAUGCCAGAGGGAAGAAAAUGUGUUACUUGCAUCGGUAAGAAGAUAAAUGAGUCAAGGCGAGAAACUCUUGGAAAAUGUUCUCGGCUGCUCAAGCGGCUGCUCAAUGAGUUGGAAGUUCGACAGGCAAUGAGUUCCGAGAAAACGUGUGAGGCAAACCAGCUACCACCUGAGCUGGUUGUUGUGAAUGGAGAGCCACUGAGUCAAGAUGAGUUGCAUUCUUUGCAGAUCUGCCAAAACCCGCCAAGAAAAGUAAAACCAGGAUUCUAUUGGUAUGAUAAAUUAUCUGGUCUUUGGGGAAAGGAAGGACAUGGGCCUUGCCAGAUUAUUACUGCACAGCUAAAUGUUGGAGGUCACCUGAAGGCUAAUGCUAGCAAUGGAAAUGCAAAGAUAGUUAUAAAUAAUCGAGAGAUUACUAAGAAAGAGCUGUGGAUGCUGCAGUUGGCAGGAGUUCAUUGUGAAGGAAAACCUAGCUUUUGGCUUAGUGCGGAUGGAUCCUACCAGGAAGAGGGUCAGAAGAAUGUAAAGGGGCCUAUAUGGGACAAGAUGGGAAUUAGGCUUUUUUGUGCUCUCUUGUCUUUGCCGGUUCCUCCUGUUACUGUGAAUCCUGCUGGAGAAGAUGUCAGCCAGGAAACACUAGAGCAGCAAGUACUUCACAAACUUCUUCUAGUUGGCUAUCAAAAGUCUGGCACAAGUACUAUAUAUAAGCAGGCCAAGAUUCUGUAUAAUAUUUCUUUCUCUGAAGAUGAGCGCCAAAGCAUCAAGUUGAUGAUCCAAAGCAAUUUGUAUGGCUAUUUCAGUAUAUUGCUUGAGGGGCGAGAACGGUUCGAAGAAGAAAGCCAGAUUGCUGAUGGAUCUGGUUCUUCAGGCAGUGCAAGCCAGAUUGAUGGUCAAACAAAAUAUUCCAUUUGCCCAAGACUUAAAGCUUUCUCGGAUUGGCUUGUGCAAGUGAUGGUGUCUGGUAAUUUGGAAGCCAUCUUCCCAGCUGCUAGUCGUGAAUAUGCACCAUUUAUUAGGGAGCUAUGGAAUGAUGCAGCCUUUCAGGCCACGUAUAACAGAAGGCAUGAACUAGAAAUGCUGCCCAGAGUUGCUACUUAUUUCCUAGAACGGGCUGUUGAGAUCUCAAGGAUGGAUUAUGAGCCCUCUGACAUGGACAUCUUGUAUGCUGAGGGAAUUACAUCAUCCAAUGGAAUUUCUUGCAUGGAAUUCUCUUUUCCCACAAUAGAACGAGAAAACUCUAUUGAUGGUUAUCAGCAUGACCCAUCAGCGAGGUACCAACUCAUUAGACUGCAUCCCAGUAGCCUUGGGGAGAACUGCAAGUGGGUGGAAAUGUUUGAAGACGUUAACAUGGUCCUGUUUAGUGUCUCCUUAACCGACUAUGAUGAGUUCUCACUCGACAGCAAUGGAGUUCUCACAAACAAAAUGUUGGCAAGCAAGCAACUUUUUGAAUGUAUGGUCACCCAUCCAACCUUUGAGGGAAAGGACUUCCUUCUAAUACUCAACAAAGCUGACCUGCUCGAAGAAAAGAUUGAGCAGGUUCCCCUGACUCGAUGUGAAUGGUUUCAUGACUUCAAUCCAGUUAUCAGCCAUAAUCACUAUAACCAAAACACCGACAGCAACAGCAGAAAUAAUCACACCACACUAGCACAGCGUGCCUUCCACUAUAUCGCUGUGAAGUUCAAGAGAUUGUUCAGUUAUCUUACCGGUCGUAAGUUGUACGUUUCAAUGGUUACCGGCUUGGAGCCUGAUUCUGUUGAUGAAGCUCUGAGAUACACCAGGGACAUUCGUAAGUGGAAUGAGUAUGAAAAUAGCUUUGGUAACAAUGAAUUGUCCUCUACGGAUAUUGAGGUAAGCUCAACCUCAUGACCCUUUUUUUUCUCUUUCAAAAGAAAAAUCGAACCAACCCCACUUGAAUAUAUCAGAUGUAGAGAAAUCAGAUUCUUAGACCUGAAACCAAGGUUCUUUCUGCCAUUAGUGCAGAUUCCUUUAUUUUUUUGUUUUUUUAGUUCUAAAUCUAUAGAACUCAAUGGUGAAGCAGUGUAAGACAUGUUGUAUGCUUUAAA